AUGACUAACACCAAUGAAACUCCAUUUCAAGUUCCGAUGCUCACUAAAGAAAAUUACGGAAGUUGGUGCAUCCGAAUAAAGGCUUUGCUUGGAGCCUAUGAUGUAUGGGAAAUUGUGGACAGUGGCGUUGAUGAAGAAAAUGAUGCCGCUGCGAUAAAGAAGAAAGACCAAAAGGCACUCACACUCAUCCAUCAAAGUUUGGAUGAAAAGAUGUUCGAGAAGGUUGCAAAUGCAAUCAACUCCAAGCAAGCAUGGGAUAUUCUUCAAACUUCCUUUAAAUGUUUGGACAAGGUGAAAAAGGUUCGUCUCCAAACCUUAAGAGGAGAAUUUGAAUCGCUGCAAAUGAAGGAAUCUGAAUCAGUUUCAGAUUAUAUUUCAAGAGUCUUGGCGGUUGUCAAUCAAAUGAAGAGAUAUGGUGAAGAGUUGAAUGAUGAUAGUGUCGUUGCAAAAAUAUUACGAUCCCUAGAUUCAAAAUUUAAUUAUAUUAUUGUUGCCAUUGAAGAGUCCAAGGACUUGGACACCAUGACCAUAGAAGAACUCACGGGUUCAUUGCAAGCACCUGAAGAAAAGUUGAAGAAACCGAAACACGAGUCGGUUGAACAAGCUUUGCAAGCAAAACUUUCUUCGAAGGAGAAAGAUGAAAGGCGUGGCUCAUAA